CAAAAGGACAGAAAAUCUAAAAAGUCAACCUGGAAGUUUUGCCUUGACUUGACCCAUCCUGUGGAAGAUGGAAUUUUUGAUUCUGGGAAUUUUGAACAGUUCCUAAAGGAGAAGGUUAAGGUCAAUGGAAAAACUGGAAACUUGGGCAACACCGUUCACAUUGAACGUCUGAAGAACAAGAUCACAGUGACGUCCGAGAAGCAAUUUUCUAAGAGGUACCUAAAAUACCUCACAAAGAAGUACCUCAAGAAGAACAACCUGCGUGACUGGCUUCGUGUUGUUGCAUCUGACAAAGAGACAUACGAAUUACGCUACUUCCAAAUCAGUCAAGAUGAAGAAGGAUCGGAGUCUGAGGAAUAACUGAAGCUUAGCUUUAUAAUCGAUACAGUGUACAAAAGACUAGAACAUCUAUUUAUAAGAACACUUAAGUUAUUGGUGAAUAAAGAUUUUGUACUCUGUUUGACAGAG